AUGAGCUUGGAGGAGGAGGGAGAGGCCGCCGGAGGCCGGGACAGCCCAGCGGAUAAGGAGUCGCACGGAAAGCUAGUGCGCGUUGAGCUGGAGUGGGACAUCCCCAUGGCAGUGACGCUGCCCGUGCAGGUGCAGCCUGACCCCGCACACCAACCCUUCCCCUUCCUGGAAACAACACUGGCCGACUUGGGCAUCGAGGAGUCAGAGGUGAAGGAGAGGGUGGUGUGGGUCGACACCAAGAAGACGCAGGUGAAGAACAAAGCAGGGAAGCUGAAGGAGAAGGAGAUCACCAUCCUGGAGGUGCGAGUGAAAGCCCAGAAGGCUGGAGAGAAGGAGCUCCAGGAGGUGUUGUACAGCACUGAGGCCCACACUGACCGCUCCUUCUGCCGCACCGGAAUGAACAUCCUGCCCUGGAAACAGAGAUACACAGGGGAGAAUGGAGCGACGGCUGUGCAGAUGACGAGGGCACUGGACAUGGAAAACGAGCAGCCGGACUCGACUGAGGCAGACGGACAGCGGGAUAUCUGA